AAGCGAAGGAGAAUGGAAUAAGGGGAGGGACGAAGCGCGAAUGAGACGAGUCCGGCUGGACUGCAUUAUGUGGAAGAAGAGUGUCACACAAUUCAGAAACUCCCAAGCAUCAUUCACCUUCUUCUUCCCUCUUUGAUGUAAAUCUGAAUUUUCAUACAAAUUCCAUCAUUUGCUUCAAAGCUUGUUUGAUUUGCGGCUGAGGUUUCCUUCGCAUGGCGGUGCGAUCUGCCGGCAGAAAGCUCUCUUUUGAGAUUCUCAGCGAUGACAGCUCCCAUGAAGAAGAUGACUCCGGUCUCUAUCGAUCCAAAUCGAGUCCAAGUCGAAUCAACGUCAGUACAGCAGAACAAUCACAGCCUGCUCAUUCAGUUUCUCCCAACAAGUCUAACCGGAAGAAGCGUAAGCACAAAAGCUCGAGGAAGAAGAAGCUUGUUGAGCCCUCGAUACCAGAAGAUCCGAUCGCUGAGCAACAAACUGUUAAUUCAAAUUCAGUUUCCUCUGAUUCCAGAGAUCUACAUUCGUCAUCGGCGAACGGCGAAGUGUUAUUAAACAACGGAGCAGCUUGUGGCGUAAACGGGUUUGAGCUUGGCAGACGGGGAUACUAUACAGUUGGGACUGUUAACUGCGAGGAGAUAAGUGCAGCGGAAGAGAGUAAGACGAGUGUUUGUACAGUCGCACGGGUGGCAGAGACUGAGUUCCAGAGCGUGCGUGGUGGGGAGGGGUUUAAUUUUGGUGAAUUAAGGCUCAGAACUGUCAAUGGUAGUAAUUGUGAGGACUUGGGGCCUUCAAGUGUUGAUGGUAAUGACAAGGACGAUAGUGGCGCGAAGGCCAGUUCGGUGGAGAAGCAGAGGAAUGGGCCACAUGGGAAUGUUGUUUCACAAUUAGAGACAGCAGUAUCAUUGGAUUGGAAUCGUCUUAUGGCGCAAGAUCCGAAUAACAUGUUUUCAGUGGAUAAAUCACCAGUAAAAUGCUUCAUGGAGGAAAUGUACAAUGGAAAUUCUCUCCGGAGCACAACAACCCUUGGUAAUGAGAAAGAACGAGAAAGAGUUUAUGACACCAUCUUCCGCUUACCAUGGAGAUGUGAAUUGCUUAUAAAUGUUGGUUUCUUUGUCUGCUUUGAUUCGUUUCUGUCACUCUUAACCAUCAUGCCAACAAGGAUAAUGAUGACCAUAUGGAGGCUUCUAAAAACAAGGCAGUUCAAGAGUCUGUCUGCAAUUGAGUUGUCAGAUUUUGGGUGUUUUGUAAUUAUGGCUUGUGGAGUCAUUCUUUUGGAGCGAAUAGAUAUCAGCUUGAUUUAUCAUAUGAUCCGUGGUCAAGGAACAAUCAAAUUAUAUGUGGUCUAUAAUGUGUUAGAGAUAUUUGAUAAACUAUGUCAAAGUUUUAACGGGGAUGUAUUGCAAGCCUUAUUUCAUUCAGCCGAAGGACUUGCAACUUCUACGUCAGACAGUACGAGAUUCUGGAUAUGGAGAUAUAUUGCUGAUCAGUCUUUAGCUGUGGCUGCUUCAAUCAUUCAUUCUUUUAUCUUAUUAGUUCAGGCAAUCACUUUAUCAACCUGUAUUGUUGCUCACAACAAUGCAUUGCUUGCGCUGCUGGUGUCAAAUAACUUUGCUGAGAUCAAGAGCAAUGUGUUCAAGCGAUAUAGUAGGGAUAAUGUUCAUAGUUUGGUGUACUUUGAUUCUGUGGAGAGGUUCCAUAUUUCAGCAUUUAUCUUAUUCGUUCUGGCUCAAAAUAUUCUGGAAGCAGAGGGCCCCUGGUUUAAAAAUUUUCUCCUUGAUGUUGGCUUGGUUUAUUCAUGUGAAAUAGCUAUUGAUGUUAUCAAGCACUCAUUCAUUGCCAAAUUCAAUAACAUUAAGCCCAGCGCAUAUUCUGAGUUCCUUGAAGACCUUUGCAAACAGACUCUGAAUGUGCAAACCGAGGGUGCAAAGAAACAUCUGACUUUUGUUCCUCUUGCUCCAGCUUGCGUGGUCAUUCGAGUGUUGACUCCAGUAUAUGCUGCUCACUUUCCGUACUAUCCUCUUCCGUGGAGUCUUUUCUGGGUGGUUCUCUUUUCAGCAGUGACCUAUGUUAUGCUCGCAAGUCUCAAGGUUCUAAUUGGCAUAGGCCUACGAAAACACGCUGCUUGGUAUGUCAGUCGCUGCCAAAGGAGGAAGAAACAUCUACAUGCAGAUUAAUUUAGAAGGGUGAAAAUUUUGCUGCAUCUGAGUUACUGUAAGUACUCUGCUACCCAAAGAUGACAUUUUAUAUGCCAGAGGAGCAUGUGGAUUGUGGAUAGAUCCGAUUAAUGGGGAGAGAUUGCUGGCACCUAGUACAAAGUGCACAUCAGAACAACUUUAUGCUCAACCCGCUGAUAUUUUUAACCUCGAGGCAAGCCUGUAGGCGUUUCCUCGCAAUUUUGACACAACGACACAUACUUGAUGAUGAUUCCAGAAUCCAGAAUAGGACAAAGAAUACCAAGCUAUCAUGAUGAAAUAUUUAGGAGAUUUAAUUUUGUUUAAUCAGACAUUUUUGAUAGCCCUAUCCAGCAUUGUAGCCCUAUAUUCUCAUAUCCCCCCUCCUGACCAAUAUCAUGAGCAAUAGUAGUUUGAAUUCUCAGCUGAAGAGGAGUGCUAUGGGCGACGGAAACUGAGUGAGAGUAUGGUCCUUUAUAAAGGAAGAGUAUGAUACCGAGACCUGAACACCACUGCUUGCAUCUGCGUUUUCACAGGAGAAAUAAUACAUGAUGAUGCCUCUGUUUCAGCGUUAUGAACCAUCAUGCUUCUCUCUGCGUUUUGAAGUAUCAGCCCUUGCUCCCCUGCUUCUGCCCUCGUAUGAUUAUAGGGCACUCACUUUUUGUUGGGCGUUUGUCUCAAAGGCGAUGAAGUUUAACGGUUUUAUAUCACGCAGCUAGGAUGAAGGAUACUGAUAUUUAGUCAUUAUGGUCAUUGUUUUGCAAAUGGGAAAAUAAAUUAUGACAAGUAAAUUGAAAAUUAAUAUAAAUUAUGUAGGUUAAAUGAUAA